UGUCCAACUCCAAGUCUCCAAACACUUAAAAAAAAAUGGUCCAAAACCUUGGAUUUAUCAUUGAUGAAUAAUAUGAGAGAAACGUGUUACUGACUGCUGACUUCCUGUAUAAAUAACUUAUUUUGCUGCCAUUAAUCCACAUUUUCUCCCAUUAAUUUACUGAGAAUUUUGCACUCAGGAAAUUAACCAAAAAAAAUUAAACAAUGGCGAGAUUCCAUAUUUUCCUGGCCCUUUUUUCCAUCAUCUUAAUCCACGCUUCAUCAUCAUCCAUCCCUUCUACUGAUACUGAAUCAGAACUCCCUCUUCUUUCUCUCAGGAUUAAGCCUAAUCUGACAAGUGCUUCAAGCUGCACUUUCAGAGUUGAAAUCAAAACAAGCUGCAAUUCGGUAUCUUACACUAGAGAUCAAAUUAGUCUUUCUUUUGGCGAUGCUUAUGGGAAUCAGGUGUAUGUGCCAAGGAUUGAUAAUCCGUCUGCUCGUGCUUUCGAGGCGUGCUCAACGGAUACCUAUGAUGUAACCGGCCCAUGUACAUAUGAUGUAUGCUAUGUGUACCUUUACCGGAGGGGAUAUGAUGGCUGGAAGGUACAGAGUGUGCGGAUUUCCAGCCCGUAUAUAAGGACCGUGACCUUCAAAUACAACAGUUGGAUACAAAGCGAUGUUUGGUUCGGGUACAAUUAUUGCAAUGGGUCUUCUUCUCAAGGUUAUAAACCUCCAUUAAGCACCCUUAUCAUGACCCUUGUAGCACUGCUGUUUCUCACGUUCGAAUGGUGCUUGUUCUGAACACUUUAAUCGCACUAUAAACACAAGACAUCCUUUCACUUGCUUGGGAACUAAACCAAAAGAUAGGAAAAAGUGAUUGAAGAAUAGAGGUUUUUUGGGGUGCCAGGGUGGGUGCUUCAUCGGUUCAUCCCUACUUGGCUACUAGUGGUUCUACUCUACUUUGAUAUAUAUAUUUUUUGCAUGUUGUUUAAUGUAUGGAGGAAUUAUGGUGUGAGUAACCUGAAGAUUUAGUGCUUAUGUUGCUAGGAAAUCAUGAACCUUUAUUUUUGUUGAAGGUUUCUUGAUGAUUGGGUUUGUGAUUCUCAGUAUAUUAGUCACAUGAUACUUGUUUACUCGGCUAAUUUAUGUAGGAUUUUGGUUUUGUGA